AUGCUGAGAGUCGCCAACCCCAGCUUCCCCUCGCACCCUUUGGCCGCGGACGCCAUAGCUCUCACCAUCGUCAAGUUAGCAAGGUUUACGGCGACCACUGCCGAUGAGGGAAUCGCGGAUGACGACCGCGAUCUGCUCCCCCUGGUAUGCCAGCUGAUGGCCCACAAGUUGGAGGAUAAUGGGCCGGAGAGCACCCUCGCCGAAUUGCUCGCUGUGUGCAACGUGUGGGAGCCCGACCACGUCGCUGCAACAAACAAGUACAUGGCCAAAGUGAAGGCCAAGGUGUGCGCCAGCCUGAAGUGGGCGCUCAACGCCGUAACGCCCACCACGUUGGCGCACCUGGGCGAGAGCCCAUUCGGAGACUGGGCGGGCGAGGAACGGGGCCGCCCGGCCGCGGCGGUACCCGUCAAGGGGGGCAUCGCUCUUUGCGCAGAAGAGACAGUCUGCAUCCUCCAACACCUGAUCAUUAAGCAAGAGAACGACAACGACAACGUUCAACUGGGGUUUCACAUGCUGGUGGGUCGCCUGCAGCAGCUCUUCAAUGAAUGCACCUCCGCAAUCAUCAACAUCGCUACGGAACUCCCCUCAUCAUGCAUGUUGGCCGCGGACUCCGUCACUCUUGUCAUCCUAAGCUUGGAAAUGUUUACGCCGACGAUCGCCGCCCAAAACGUCCAGAUUAUUCACGUGACGAUAGACCCGGUGCCCGGACGUCCUGGGCGUUGCCGCGGUGAGCGCCCACUGAAGACAGGCGCACACCCUGGUCUCAACCUUGGCGAUACGCUUCUUGAUUGCAGCGGCGUCGUCGGGCUCCCACAGCGUCACUCUCGCUGUGUAAAACGUGUGGGAGCCCGACCACACUGCAACGACAAGCGCGUUGCCAAGCUUGAGGCCAAGGUCUGCGCCAGUCUGAAGUGGGCUUUCAACGCGGCAACGCCCACGACGUUCGGUGAGCUGUUCCUCGCCCGCGCGAUGUCCGAGGGCGCUCUCACUGAAGCACAGUCUCAAAUCAGGGAACUCAUGACGGGAGAGUCGGGGAGAUGGGUAUAG